AAUGAGGUUAUAUAAAAGAUGUAUGAUUUGGAGAGCAGAGUGUCUCCUAAUGAGGGCUGCACCGGCUCGCUCCACACCCAUAAAAACCCUGGUUGGACGUCAAAGCGGAUUCGUUUCGGUGAUGCUGGGAUAAAGGGGCGCAGCGAGGACUGGCUCCCUCCCUGCCCGCCCAGCGCCGCGCCGGGCUCCGUCCCUCCGGAGCCACCGGGAGGGAUGCGCCGGGCGGGGACGGGGCCAGGGACGGGGACGGCUCCGCUCCGCCGCACGCUGAAGAAGCGCAUGGACCCUUUGCAGGGAUGCCAAUGAAGCCAGCGGGCUGCCUGCCCCUCUCUGCCCAGCGCAGGACCAGAGGCUGACUGGGAAGCUGGCAUGUUGUCCGCUCCAGCCCCUUCCAUGCCCAGCGCUGCCCGCCCUGCCCCUUGCCGUGCUUUCCACCACUGAUACACACUGUUUUCCCCAAGGCGUCACUUUGGGACAGAAUGCUGCAGAAAUCCAGCCUGCAGCCGCAGCCCAGAGGAGUUUUGCAAUAAGACCGGUUGCUUAAAAGCCAAAUAUUUUCUCUUUCCCCACCCCGGCAUGGUUAAACAUCUCAAGCAGUGAAUUUCUCUGCACACAAAGGGCGUUGAGGUCCGAGGCUGCCAUGGAAGAGAAUGUGUUCAGCGUGCAGCAGAUCCAGCCCAACGUCAUCUCGGUGAGGCUCUUCAAGCGCAAGGUGGGCGGCCUCGGUUUCCUGGUGAAGGAGCGCGUCAGCAAGCCACCCGUCAUCAUCUCCGACCUGAUCCGGGGAGGGGCCGCGGAGCAGAGUGGCCUCAUCCAAGCUGGGGACAUCAUUUUAGCUGUCAAUGGCAAGCCCCUGGUGGACGUGAGCUAUGAGACAGCGCUGGAGAUACUGAGAAGCAUCGCCUCCGAGACCUACGUGGUCCUCAUCCUGCGGGGCCCCGAGGGCUUCACCACUCAUCUGGAGACCACUUUUGCAGGUGACGGGACACCAAAAACCAUCCGUGUCACCAGACCCCUCUGCCCGGCUCCAAAGGCGGUUGACUUGUCCAAUCCAAACCCACACGGCAAAGAGCAGCCAGCAGCCGACCGCGCCAUGGGCUCCCUGUGGACAAGAGAGUUCGGGCGAGAGGUGGAGCCGAUGGUCCAUGUUAACGGUGUUGUUACCGGCAGCAAAGGGCAGGACGCUGGGAAGGGGAAGGAGGGUGCUUGUGGUCACCCUUGUCUCAAUGGUGGCGUGGAAGACAACGAACUGCUCAAAGAAAUCGAGCCCGUCCUGGAUCUCCUGAAGAGCAGCAGUAAGGACGGCGAUGGAGAUGCACCCUCCAAGGUAGAGACAAGAGAUAUAGAAGUCCAGGUGGACUGUUUCAGGGAAGGGGAAAACAAGCCACAGAAAGCCUUACCAGCCCGGAUGGAGAAUGACCGUGUCCUCGGUGACCUGUGGGGGAAGAGCAACGUGCCCAUGGUCCUGAACAACCCCUACUCUGAAGCGGACCAGCCACCACCAUCUGGGCGGCAGUCCCCGACUAAGAACACGGUGAAUGGAAGUCCUUCCAAAUGCCCGCGGUUUUUCAAAAUCAAGAACUGGGAGACAGGCUCCGUGCUUCACGACACGCUGCACCUCAAGACAGCGAUGUCCACCGCAUGCACCGAGCAGAUAUGCAUGGGCUCAGUAAUGACCCCCAGCCAGCAUGUCCGCAAGCCAGAAGAUACCAGGACAAAAGAAGAGGUGCUCCUCUUGGCUAAGGACUUCAUUGACCAGUACUACUCCUCCAUAAAGAGAUCUGGCUCCAAAGCCCACAUGGAAAGGCUGGAGGAAGUGACCAAGGAGAUUGAAGCCACUGACACCUACCAGCUGCGGGACACAGAGCUGAUCUACGGAGCCAAGCACGCCUGGAGAAACGCAGCCCGCUGCGUGGGCAGGAUCCAGUGGUCCAAGCUGCAGGUGUUCGAUGCCCGGGACUGCACCACAGCCCAUGGGAUGUUCAAUUAUAUCUGCAACCACAUCAAAUACGCCACCAACAAAGGCAACCUCAGAUCUGCUAUCACCAUCUUCCCACAGCGGACGGACAGCAAGCAUGAUUUCCGCAUCUGGAACGCCCAGCUCAUCCGCUACGCCGGCUACAAACAGCCUGACGGCACCAUCCUGGGAGACCCUGCGAACGUGGAGCUGACGGAGAUCUGCAUUCAGCAAGGCUGGAAGGCUCCGUACGGGCGCUUCGAUGUCCUGCCUCUGCUCCUCCAAGCCAACGGCAAUGACCCAGAGCUCUUUGAGAUCCCUCCAGAGCUUGUGCUGGAAGUGCCCAUCCGGCAUCCCAAGUUUGAAUGGUUUAAGGACCUGGGCCUGAAGUGGUACGGUCUGCCAGCAGUUUCCAACAUGCUCCUUGAGAUCGGCGGCUUGGAGUUUUCCGCCUGCCCCUUCAGCGGCUGGUACAUGGGCACAGAAAUUGGGGUCCGGGACUACUGUGACAACUCUCGCUACAACAUACUGGAGCAAGUGGCCAAGAAAAUGAAUCUGGAUAUGAGGAAAACCUCCUCGCUGUGGAAGGAUCAGGCCCUGGUGGAGAUCAACAUUGCUGUGCUGUACAGCUUCCAGAGUGACAAGGUGACCAUUGUGGAUCACCACUCAGCCACCGAGUCCUUUAUCAAGCACAUGGAGAACGAGUACCGAUGCCGUGGAGGUUGUCCUGCCGACUGGGUGUGGAUUGUCCCACCGAUGUCUGGCAGCAUCACCCCAGUUUUCCAUCAGGAAAUGCUCAACUACCGUCUCACACCCUCCUUUGAGUACCAGCCGGACCCUUGGAACACCCACGUCUGGAAAGGGGUCAAUGGAACACCCACCAAGAAGAGGGCCAUUGGCUUUAAGAAGUUAGCAAAGGCUGUGAAGUUCUCAGCCAAGCUCAUGGGACAGGCCAUGGCCAAGAGAGUCAAAGCGACCAUCCUGUACGCCACAGAAACAGGGAAGUCGCAGGUCUAUGCAAAAACGCUGUGUGAAAUCUUCAAGCACGCUUUCGAUGCCAAGGUCAUGUCCAUGGACGAAUAUGAUAUCGUGCACCUAGAGCAUGAAACCAUGGUCCUGGUGGUCACCAGCACCUUUGGCAAUGGAGACCCACCUGAGAACGGAGAGAAAUUUGGCUGCGCAUUAAUGGAGAUGAAGAAUCCCAACUCCAACCUGGAGGAGAGAAAGAGCUACAAGGUUCGUUUCAACAGCGUUUCCUCUUACUCGGAUGCACGGAAAUCCUCAAGCGAUGGCCCCGACUCUAGGGACAACUUCGAGAGCACAGGGCCCCUGGCUAAUGUCAGGUUCUCUGUCUUUGGGCUGGGGUCCCGAGCGUACCCCCACUUCUGCGCCUUUGCCCGGGCAGUGGACACGCUCCUGGAGGAGCUGGGUGGAGAGAGGAUCCUCCGCAUGGGAGAAGGGGAUGAGCUCUGUGGCCAAGAGGAGUCCUUCAGGACCUGGGCCAAGAAGGUCUUCAAGGCAGCGUGCGACGUGUUCUGCGUGGGGGACGACGUCAACAUUGAGAAAGCAAACAACUCCCUCAUCAGCAAUGACCGGAGCUGGAAGAGGAGCAAAUUUCGCCUGACUUACGUGGCUGAGGCCCCAGAGCUCACCCAAGGACUGUACAGCAUCCACAAAAAACGCGUCUAUGCAGCCCGGCUUAUCACACGGCAGAACCUGCAGAGCCCAAAGUCCAGUCGCCUGACAAUUUUCGUGCGCCUCCACACCAACGGACACCAGGAACUGCAGUACCUGCCCGGGGACCACUUGGGCGUGUUUCCAGGGAACCAUGAAGACUUGGUCAAUGCUUUGAUCGACAGGCUUGAAGAUGCGCCCCCAGCCAACCAGCUGGUGAAGGUGGAGCUCCUGGAGGAGAGGAACACAGCUCUAGGUGUCAUCAGCAACUGGACAGACGAGAACCGUGUCCCACCAUGCACCAUCUUCCAGGCUUUUAAAUACUAUUUGGACAUCACCACCCCUCCCACUCCCCUGCUGCUGCAGCAGUUUGCUUUGUUAGCCACCAGUGACAAGGAGAAGAAACGUCUGCAGGUCCUUAGCAAGGGCUUGCAGGAGUACGAGGAAUGGAAGUGGUCCAAGAACCCCACCAUUGUGGAGGUGCUGGAGGAGUUCCCCUCCGUGCAGAUGCCCUCGACACUGCUGCUCACACAGCUCCCCCUCCUCCAACCACGCUACUACUCCAUCAGCUCCUCCCCAGAGAUGUACCCAGGCGAGGUCCACCUCACCGUGGCUGUGGUCUCGUAUCGCACCAGAGAUGGAGAAGGACCAAUACACCACGGGGUCUGCUCCUCUUGGCUCAAUCGGAUACAGACCGAUGAAGUGGUGCCCUGUUUUGUGAGAGGCGCACCCGGGUUCCACCUGCCCCAGAACCCGCAGGUUCCCUGCAUCCUCAUCGGCCCCGGCACCGGCAUCGCCCCUUUCCGCAGCUUCUGGCAGCAGCGGCUUUUUGAAAUCCAGCACAAAGGUCUGAAGCCUUGUCCUAUGGUCCUGGUGUUCGGCUGCCGACAGUCCAGGAUUGACCACAUUUACAAAGAGGAGACGCUCUUUGCCAAAACCCAAGGUGUCUUCAGAGAGCUGUACACAGCCUAUUCCCGGGAACCGGACAAACCAAAGAAAUACGUGCAGGACGUGUUACAGGAGCAGCUGGCCCAAACUGUGUUCAAAGCACUGAAGGAGCAAGGAGGCCACAUCUACGUCUGCGGGGAUGUCACCAUGGCCGGGGACGUCCUGAAGACCAUUCAGCGCAUCGUGAGGCAGCAGGGCCAGCUGUCGGUGGAGGAGGCAGGAGCUUUCAUCAGCAAGCUGCGGGAUGACAGCCGGUACCACGAGGAUAUUUUUGGAGUCACCCUGCGUACGUACGAAGUGACUAACCGCCUUAGAUCUGAGUCUAUUGCAUUCAUCGAGGAGAGCAAAAAAGAUACGGAUGAGGUUUUCUGCUCCUAACCGGACCCUUCACCCCAAGGGGAUGCCAAACCAGUCCCAGCACCUACUGGCCCCUCCAGCCAGAGGGCACUGGGUUUUUUAUUUCACGGACACGGUGGCUCCUUUUCCGCGGGGAACUGCCCAUGGAAAGCGCUCUGUCUCUUGUCCUGUUGUUGUGUCCUGAUGAUGAUGAUGAUGAUUUUUAUUUCCUUUUCUUCCUCUUUCUCUUGCUCUUGUCCUGUGGCCAUUUCUUUUCACCCUGUUUCCCUGGUUUUCCCCAGAUUUCCCCACUAAAGUAUGAUGGCUUUAUAAUCUGCCGUGGCUCUUAACAGAACUUCACAUUUUUCCUUCUUCUCAUAAGGGCAUUUUGCAUCUGCAUGAAAUCACCACCUUCGUGAUCAUCUAUGUUUUUGGUGUUUUGAGAGAGAGCAGAGGUGCCAGGGGCUGGGCAAUAGCAAGGUCUUUGUUGCUUGACCAGAGCUGGGGCUGUUUCCCCCAGGCUCCUCUUUUCCCCAGGUCGGGGCUUGGCUGACUCUUUGCAUUUUCUUGGCUUUCCUUUGGACUUGCACAGACCUGGGUGCACACCUGAGGCUGGGGGCAGACGAUGUGCAAUGCCCUCGUGCCUAUGAACUUUGUUCAUCCCCAAAGCGCGGGUACCAAUGUGUCUAUUUUGAUCUGAAGGGUUGGAUGUCUCUGAUUCACACAUCGUGGUUUCUCCUAAAUGGACUCUGUGUUGUGUUUGCCUCCAUCUCUGCUCCCUGUUCCCCACGAACCCCUCCUUUUGCUCAGUCCCAACUUUCGCUGGCAUGAAAGUCCUCCCACCGAGGAGCCAAGCACUGAACACACAGGCCGAUGUGUAUCUUCGGGGAAAAAACUCAUGGCAAUGAGUGCUGCUUGGCCAGGCUGUCCUCCAGAAGGCUUUCCAGGAGAUCUGUGAUCUGCAGCCGUGAUGCUGGUGGGAGACAUACAGGGACCGGCUGCAUCCCAGCGCUUUGCAUGCUGUGAAUGUGUGAACCCCCUCCCAGGUGAGACUGGAAGACCACGAGGAUGCGAGAGAAGCAGCUCCAGCCUCCUGGUAACAAAGCCUAUUUGGAAGGCCUAAGUCUGACCAAAACUAACCCCCAUUAUUCUGAGUGCAGAAGCACUCAGGCAGCACUUGGAGGGUUACGGAGGCUCCUGGUGAGGAUGUGCCAACCAAGGACUUUUGAAAUCCCAGAGAGCAUCAGCUCCACCUUAGCACAGUUUCAUGAGCAGUUCUGGGACAGCAGACCCAGCCACUUCCACACCUUUGGGAGCAGCAAGUGCCAGCACUGAGCGACCUGCCUGCCAAAAGAAAUACAUGUGGCGUCUCGGUUGCAAGCGCGUCCCCUCUGCAGGCUCCGCGCCACCUGCCAGAGGCACGAGCUGUCUCUGCCAGGACAUCUCAUGUGAGAAGGGAGGUGAGAUCGGCUGCAAAGAUGCUGCGUGAUUCUGGGCUCUGACACACUCGCACGUCAGCCCCACUGCAAAAAUCUGGCCCUGAAAGCAAUCUGUGAACACGAUCACAGAAAGGUCCCAGUCUCUUUAACAGAGAAAAGCUAUCUGUGAGGUAAAGCAUUCUGACCUUGUGUGUCCUUCCUCCUUCUCCCUUCCUCACCCUGAAGAAGGUCCGUCCGCCCUCACUGCCAGAACGAGGACAGCAGGGCAUGGCUGUGUCUUACUGGAGGCAGGGAGACAGUGUUGAUGUUUUAAGCUGCUAGGUGCUGAUCCUUUCCUCCUGCCCCUGCUCUGCUGCACUGCGUGCUGGUGCCUCUAUGGAGCAAAGCACUUGCACCAGUGACAGCAGGGGGUUUGUCCAGGAGCUGCAAUGGUGAGCUUUGCUUUCAGAGGGCUGGGAUUAAUUUCCCUAAGCCAAAAAUCAGAACUAAAAUCACUGCAGGAGGUUUGCUGCCCUCCCAGCCCAUGGUACAAGCCAUGCUGGCUCCCCUGGCCCCAGGCUGUCCACACCCUCAGCCAACACCUCCUGCCCUUUCCUGUGGCUUGGCCACAUCUCCAUGUGCUGUGACCAUCUUCUGCAUCUUUGACUUCCUGAAUGCUUGAAGCAGCUCCAGCCCGAAACCCAGGAGCAAAAGGCAUCCAGGCACUGGGAGAAUUCAAGAUCCAGGUCUUGGUUUUGUUGGUCGCAGCAGAGCAUCGGUGCACAAUGCAAAUGACUGCUGCCACGAUGCGGCCAGAGCCGAGCUCGCUGGGCUGGCAGGGUGGUCGGAGCCAGGUGCAAGGCUGGGUUUGUGUCCCUGCUUGGGGACUUUGUGGCCUGGAAGUGAAAGCAGGACAAGACAGGAAAUAGGGCAGCCCCUGCUCCACCUCUGUGGGUUGUGCCCAAAUCCCAGGGCAGGCAGCCUGUGGGAGAACCAGGUCCCUUUGCUGCUGGGAUGUGUGAGUUUGGGCAGAGGUCCUGCUCCCUGGCCUGGCCCAAACCCCCAGUCCUACAGCUGCAGAAAUAGAGCUAAAAAACAGAUUCAAACCCAUCUCCUCUUUCUGGGAAAUUUUAUUCUGACUUUGGACUUUAGGCUCGGGUCCUCCUUUAAGUAGAAGGAGCGAUGAGAGCUGAAGAGGAGGUAGUGCCCAAAGAAAUGCCCUUGUCUUCAUCCUCUUCCCAGCUCAUCCUGCAUUGCUGGCAAUUCGUUUUCUCCUGUGCUGCCUUCUGCCCGUAUCACUAUACAUUCUCACAGCUGGAAGUCAUAUUGCUGCUUCAGUCUGUGUCUGGGAUGAAUUGGCUUUGCUUUUCCUGCACCCCAAAUACUGCCACCUGCAUCUCCCUCGUCCACUUCAGCCACCAGUGAAAGCAGCAGGAAGCACAGCAGAGACGGGACCGGUGUGCGUGCAUCACCAUCAAUGGGAUCUCCAAAAGGGUCUGUGCAGAGCAGACGGGCAAGACCACCUCAACAGGCUUUGUGUAGGUGAGUUCUUCAGAGCUCUUUGGAAGGGAAAUGCUGUUUUAAGGCCAGCCUGCCUGCCAGGCCCUGGAGAAGAAACCCCCUCCCUGCUGGGAAGGUCCAUGAAGUCAAUAUGUCCCCAAGAGCUCUGAGCUGCCUCUGCUCCCUCUGCCUGAAUGGGACCGUUUGCUCCUCACAAGGUGCACCACUGGGAAUUUUGAUUCAUUGUUUUUGGUUGAGUCAGUCUCAGACGUCUUAAAUUCAUCCGUCUUACCUGCAGGGGCUUUGCGCUCCUCUCGAGCUUCAUUUUCUCCCACAGCAAAGGGGGAAAUAAACUUGUGGAUCUGCUUUAUCAUCCCACAAAUGUGGCUCUUCCACCAGUUGUUUCAACUCUGCUCAUCUCAGUGUGACGUUUCUGACAUGUGGGUGUAGGCACAAUAUCUCUGGCAUGCGUAAACAGCAGAGAUCAAGGUGGGGUCUGCUGCAGAUCAGUGCCACGAGCUGCUUGGGGGUGUCAUGCACACAGGGGUUGUGUCUCGGGCACUUGGUUCACAAACCUGUCACCUCUGGGUGGCUGCUGCCUGUCUGGGCUUCUGCACAGCCCCAUGUGGCUCCCGCAGUGAGGGGACACUGGACGUGAUGGACACCCAGCCUGAUCCGAUGUCCUGAUGGAGGAUGUCCGUCACUCCUGCUUUUGCAGCAGCUCAGCUCCUUUUCCCUCCCAGGGAUUAAACUUAAAGAGGCUCUUCCUAAACAGAUUUGAUUUUUCAAGAAAUGGUGAAAUGAGGGUUUUUUUUCUUGAAGAUUCUAAUUUAUAGGUUUUUCCAUGUUCAGAGAAAGUUAUAUAUGAACUUGAAAACUCAUGGGAAAUGGUUCUCUGUUUUCGCAACCUGCUGUGUCCACUAACAGGGAAAAACAAGUUGUUCAUACAGUGCAAGGGUAUCUACUGUCUGUGUUGCUGAUGACUUCAAAGGUUUCAUCUCCUCAGAAGGACUGCCUGGGAGUUUGUUGUUCUUCUGUUUAUGACAGACAGCAGGAAAAUAAUGAGACUUCUAUCACCAGGACUAGACUUGCAAAGAUGACAGCUCCACGAUCAAUGCUGGGCAGGCCUGAGCUCGUUGCACUAGAAGAACCGAGCCAGCUGCAUCCAUACUGGCCAGAGAAAUGGGGUUUGGGGUUGGGCUGUUCUCUUUCCCUGUCCCCUGUCCUGUGCCUACGCAUCCCCAGGGACAAGCAGGGGACUCUGUUCACACCCAGAGCAGCGUGAGCCGAUGUGUCUGUGCGCAGCUGGCAAAUUUGCAGUUGUGUCCUGAGCAAAUGUGAUUGUACCUACACAGAAGAGGAGAUGGGAAGAGACAGGAGCUGUGUGAAUCCAUGUCUAGUUUAAAUGGGAUUGCUCAUUAGUUCCCUUACUCUCCAUACGCGACACCUCUCGCCCCAUCCUGGGCUGUAACCCAGUUUCCCUCCACUGCUUCUCUCCAGAGAUCCCCCUGGAGAUCCCUCCUUUCUCCUUCUUAGCCCUGUCGGCCCAGCCAAAAGGUGCAGCGAGCUGCUCAGCAAGGGUGAGUCGUGGGGACAGCAACGGACUUACAGUGCCUUGUGCUGGGAAGACUCUUGCACCGGGGGUGCCCUCCCAAUCCUGCUCCUUGCACGCAGAGCCUGGGCGCUGAGGGGAACGGUAAACAUCAUUUUAUAAAUUAAACUCUUGCUGGGCAAGUUCCCCCUGAGAGCAAACUUACAGCCCUGCUUGCUAAUUAGUCUCCCACUGAUGGGGCUUUAUAGGGGAACGGAGGCAGGGCAGGGUUAGAGUAGGGGUGCAAACCGGAUACAACCUUCUGCAAGCACCAUGGGUCUGUGAACACCCGCCACAUACUGGAAACCACAUUUUUACCAUGCUGUUUGGGGAGAGAGGGCAUGUUUUUGCUGAAGCCUCAUGGACUUGCACUAAGCCCAAGGCAAAGCUGCUGCCUCCCAACUUCAUGACCACUGAAGCCAUUAGUCCUCUGAUUUAUACCUGUGGGGAAGCUGCAGAGAGUUCCCAGCGUUUUUUGGAAGGAGAAUUUUAUGCUUAAAACUAAAUUUUGUUCCUGCUUUCACUGGGGACCACUUCUCAGCUUCAGAAUUGCCCUGAUUACUUUGCAAUUGCUUUGAUAGUUCCAGAGGGGAGCACAGUCCCUUUACAGAACAGAUGGAGACACAUUUCCAGGACCAUUCAACUUUGCCAUAAUUCUGUCUUUGUUAUAACAACUUCUUCUGCUAUAACAGGAAGAGCAAAAUUUGGCCAGUGCUAAACACUCUUGAAAACUGUAUUACCAAACUUGGAUUAAAUUAAUCUAGAAUCUGAGUUCUCACAGAUACAAAACGCCUUCUGCACCCACCGGCUUCAGUGGCGCUGGGGAUUUCAGCAGCUUGUGGGAUCAAACUUUCACAGCAGCGGCAGCAAUUUUGUGACAGCAGUGUUUUUGCGUGUGUCGAUCUGCACUUGCACUUGCCUGCAAUGCAUGACUCUUAGCAAUUCAUUUGAAAUCUACCCUCAACAGGGAGAUCUGAGCUCGAGCUUCUUCCAUACGGCCAUGUGUAUUUAAUAGGAAAUCAGGGGAGCUGGAGAAAGCUGAUGAGAUUGCUGCUUUAAAGCACUUGGUUCCAGAAGUAAAACAGACCUUACCAGAUGUUGAAAUUGACUUGAAUUUAGCACGGGUAGAAGGGCAACUCAUGAAAUAUUGAAGUAUUGUAAUGCAGAUACGCCUUUUUCCUGCCAUGCCAGGAAUGAAGCAGACUAGAAACUCCUGGCCUCCACCCCUACAGAUGUUUGGCUGUGAUGGAAGUUUGAGCCAUCGAAUCACAGGAGACAAAUAAUAAAGAAAAAACAGAUUGUGAGUUUGUAGCUGAGCAGUCGCAGCUUGUUUAGCAGUGAGAGUGCCUCACUGUAAGGGCUGCUGCUUUCCUGCCUUAUUCAUGUACCUACCUGGCCAGAUUUCAGGGAGGGAAGAAGAAGAAAGCACUUCAAAAGCAAGAAAAUGCCAAGACACUGAUGGCUUCUCUUGUGUCCACGGGUCGAAGCUUGAGGAGCAGUUGUGGGGCUGUGCAGAAGCUGGAGCAUGGUGCUGGGCUGCAGGGAGAGUCCUGCACGGCCCGACUGCAGCGUCUGCACACAGGUCUGCAGGGCUUCCUCCGAAAUCUGCUAAAGAAUAACACCGAGAAAAGUAUUUUCCUUCCAGGGGCUUUCUUAAUACUUUAGAAGUUUAAAGAUUAGAUGCUAAAAAACUCUGUCUAAAAGAGCAACCAAUUUGGGGCUUCUUUUUGUUCUUUGUUUUCAGGCAUUGGGAAAGCAAACAAAAAGUAUAUCAAACUGUUUUGGAUUAAAUCAAGUAUUUUGUUCCCAAAAUAAUUGUUAAUGGAGAUUUUAAAUUUUUCCAAGGGCAAGAAAACUGCCUUAAUAUAUACUCAAUUCCAACAAGAGGCAUUAGCACUACUUGCUUUUGAACCUGCUUUUUGAUUUUUCUCUCUGUGUGAUCAUGGCAUGGAAUCAUGUCUUAACAAAAUAUACUUAACAGUACUCGACAGGAUUUGCAGAAGCAGAAGAUGAUGUUUCAGAAUCUCCCCGUACCCAGCAUUGAAGUGAUGGCUUUGAAGCCAAUGAAAUUCAAUGCAAAAUUCCUGCUUUGCUAGAAUUCUACAAAAUAGGCCAAUGUCCACAAUUCCCAAGGUUAAAUGUGCUCUGCUGCCUUGAAAUGCCUUCAAAAAACCCUGGGAUCUGCACGCUGAAAAGAGCUUGAGUUCCCUGGUCUGCAGCACCAUCCCCAGCUCUUGCAGAGUGCACACAAUUCCCCAGGCAGGAAUACGAUGACUUUCAGCCAGGGCUCAUUGCUUUGGAGAUUGCAUGUGCUUAGAAACAUGAGUUCUGCCAGCCGCCCAGGGAAUCUCAUAUUCAGUGCCAAUUAAUUUUUGUAACAGGGAUUCAUUCCCUCGGUUCCCUUAGGCACCUUUGAAAAGCAUGAGCCUCAAAGGUUGGUUUGGAUUUGGUUUUUAUUUUUUUUUUCUGGUGGCCUUUUUCAUGCAGAGCAGUCGUGCCCAGAUGAGAAAGGGGACCGGUCUGUGAAGGGCUGCAGUUUUGGGGCAGGCAAGUCCCAAACUUUCCAUCACAGAGGUUUUUCUAAACUCUUCGGCUGUGGGUUAAUUCUGCUCUGCCCGAUGGGGCUCCAGCCUCUCGCUGUUCUCUGGUCCUUCCUCCCUCCGCACCUCCUCAUGUCACUGUGCCUUCAUUGGGUCUAUAAAAUGAUGCCGUGAGUUAAAUCUGGCACCUUGUCUUUACUCUCACUUUGCAUCCCAUAAGACAGGUAUGUGUUGGGGGGGAGGGAGCAGCUUAUUUUGUAGCAUUCUGUGUGAUCCUAAGGUGGGUUUUUUCUGAGUAAAGGGGUGGGGACGAUGGGAGCAGGGAUGAGCCAGUGUUGUGUUUGAUCAUACCAGUGCUUUAAGCGGUCAGAAACAUGGUUUUCCCCUACCUCUGAGCUCUUAAUGCUGCUAAAAUCUUUGCCAUUCGUACAAUGUACUCCAGCCCCCUCUUUCGGACUGACUCUGGCUCUGUUUGCAAGAUAUCCACGUUGUUCUGCAGCAUGCACCUCUUUCUAUAUAGUUCCGAUCUUCUGAUUUUAUGGAAUACUUAUGCCUGUUUGCAUUACAGUCAAAAUAAAAAAGUGAACGAAAA